AUGCAAUCCAGGAUACUACUGUGGCGGAAAUUCCGCAAAAUUUGCGUCCCGGGUAGUAUCGUGUCGGCUGGACUGUUGCCAUUCACCGCGAACGAUCAUGAUCAGAUUAAAAUUGACACCAAAACCGUACAGAGCAUGUACGAGGAGGCGCCCGGUGAUAAACAAACCGGCAUGGAGCGGUUACAAAUGAUGUUUACGAUUGAUGAAUUUGGUCGUGUUUCGAGCGAGCUUAAUUCCAUCUACCAAGCCGGUUUUGUUGGUUUUCUGUUCGGUGCCUGCUACGGUGGGUUCGUUAAUUCACGCGUCGCGUACAUGAACUUUCUCGAACGUAACCAGGCAACGGCGUUUCAGUCUAGCUUUGAGGCGAAGAAAAAGUUACAAGACCAGGUUACGCUUAACUUUGCCAAGGGUGCAUUCCGAUGGGGUUGGCGAUUGGCACUCUUUACCACGAGCUACGUUGGCAUCCAGACGAUGGUUUCGGUGUACCGGGGAAAGUCCUCGCUGUACGAAUACAUGGCUGCCGGUAGCGUUACGGGUGCUAUGUACAAAUUUAGCAUGGGUCUCCACGGGAUGGCAUCCGGUGGGCUGGUGGGCCUGGUACUCGGCGGUCUAGCCGGUGGUCUUUCGCUUGGGAUUAUGCGUGCGACCGGCACUACGAUGGAGGAGGUACGAUUCUGGCAGUACAAAUGGCACACGAACCGGGACCAGGUUAUACGCGAUUCACUCAAAAAGCAAACCGAUGUGGAGGAGGAACCACUGCUAAAACAUCACCACAGCAAGUUCGGAACGGCCAAUAUCGAUCUCGAGGCAAUCGAAGCGGAAAAGCGAAAAAUUCAACUAGCGGUCGAGCGGGAAACGCUCAUGAAGAAGCUGGAACAAGAAGAACAAGCGGAAGUGAAGGGGAAAUAG